CGUUCCAGCUGAGGUCAAAUUUUGGCGUCAAUCCAGUCUGUCCUCCUUGUUUAGGACAUUAGGAAAUAGUCAAUAUUUUUACUUUUCUGCCUUUUUUACCCCUCUGGCUGUAACCGGAGUAAUCUGGAAUUGCAUGUUUGAUGCUUCCUCUUGUCUAUUUAGCCCGCAUAGCUUUGUAGGCGGCUAACUAGCUACUAGCUAGUUAGCCGAGCCGUCGUUAGCUAAACAGCUAGCUACUUUGUGCAGGUCGCUGCAUCUGAUGCUCAGUUUUCUCCUUCACCUUUUUCUCUUUUCGUAUCAUUGAGAGGCCGCACUUUAGCUCAUUAUGGAAGAUGAGGUUUUUACCAACAUCAGCGGCAAACCGAUAUCUCUGGACUGUCAAAGCCACUCUAGUUUCUGCAGGGAGUUCACAGUCAGCUCCCCCAAAGUGUCCAUCGGCAAGGUGACGGUAUACACCUGCUCCGUGUGGCUGGUCGCCUACGCCGUGUUCUUCUUCACACAGAACACUGCUGUCCUGUCCAGUGCUAUACUCGUCACCCUGGUUGGAAUGAUGCUUCACAUCCACUUUGUGAAGAUAGACCACGAGUCGCUGCUUGUCAUCGGCUCGUUGGGCAUUCAGGUGUCUUCCAGCUAUGCCUCGGGCCGAGAGAGCACCACUUUCAUUGAGAUGAGCAAGAUCAAGGACAUCGUUAUCAAUGAAGCAAUUUACAUGCAUCAAAUCAUCUAUUACCUUUGCAUAUUGCUGAAGGACCCCUCAGAUGAAAACACUGUAUCAAGUGUUGUCCCGCUGUUUCAGAGCUCAAAACCACGGCUCAACUGCUUGGUGAAAGUUUACAAGAGCUGCCAAGAGGUUCUCUCCAAAUGCAAGUAACAUGUCAAGCUAAAUCAUACAAACUCAAGUAAACUGAUCAUGCGUUAUUUCUCUGGAUAGAUAAGUUCAUUUUCAGUGGAAGAAAAUAGAUGUUUUUAUUUUAAUACGCCACAAUUUGAUCUAAUAAACUGUAUAUAUUUUUUUAAAAUUUCAUCGGCACAGCUGUACUAAUACAGAUGUUAUGUAUUGACUCAUGUACUAGAAAAACUGCUGCCAUGUUAAGAUGAAUGUCAUUCUGACUUUAUGCCAUACUUGUUAUACUGUGGUUUAUUGUUACUUGAAUAAUUUAUGAAGAAGAAAAGCACUGUUUGAGAGUAACUUGUACAAACUUUUAUAGCCAAACCUUUUCACUAACAUUAUGUCUCAAACUCCUAAGAUGUAAAUCACAUUUAUUUUUUCCCCCUUUUUUCAUGUAUGUUAAGUUUUGAAAUUUUGAUUAUGUCAAUUUUUGUGGUUUUCAAACUGACCCUCACCAGGUCCUCUUACUGUAUUUCUGAUAAAGUAUAUCUGAGCACUGAUUUUGAUAACUUAUGAAUGAUUGAGAGAGAAAUGUAUGUCUGUAUAUUUUUUGAGAAGCACUACUUUCUAUUUCCUGUAGGGGGCAGCAUCAUGUUGAUUUAACCCCCCAACAGCCUUUCAAAACUGGUUUGUAAAGCAAGUUCAGCUUUCAUUGGCCACCUGAAGUGACACUGUCAUAAGUGUCUCAGUUGCUUGCAGUGUUUUCCAGACCCAGACCAUGAUGCAGAUGUUGUUUCGUUUUCAUGAAAUACAUUCUUUCCUGGUAGCCAUAAACACUGAGGUAUGCAUGUGUGCAAGAUAUCUUUUAGAGCCAGGGCUGCAGCACUGAUCCGGAAUAACUUACUUUCAUUUUGAUGUCUACAUAAACAAUGUACUGUGGUUUUUGUACAGAAUCAAAUCUUAUAUAAUAUAAGAGAUGGCAAAUUUUUGUUCCUCUGCAUAAUAAAAAUGAAAGACUCCAGUGGGGAGUUGUGGCCUUUCA